AUGGCUUCAACACUUGAACCUCCCAGUCUCCGCAGGCAGCAAAUUGCCAGCUUAAAACGCCUCCUCAAUUUAAACCAACCCACCGAGACCGAUGCGCAAGAUGGCGAGGGCAACGAAGCUUCCAGCACAUCUCCAGUAUGGAAGAUCUUGAUCCUGGACGGUGCAGCCCGGGACACCGUAGCCUCCGUUCUACAUGUAAACGACUUGCGAGCUGCUGGGGUCACCAUACACCUAAACCUCCACACAAAGAGGCAUCCUAUUCCUGAUACACCGGUAAUAUAUCUUGUCGAGCCGAAUACGCAAAAUCUAGAAAUCAUCACAAACGACCUCGCCCAAGGCCUAUACUCGCCAGCGUACCUCAACUUCCUCUCCAGUAUCCCCCGUGAGCACCUCGAAUCCCUAGGAGCACAAAUGGUGGCAACAGGCACAGCAGAGCACGUGGCACAGCUCUACGAUCAGCACUUGAAUUUUGUCGUUGCGGAUGACAAUCUAUUCCAUCUCAAUCAAAAGGGAGCUUACCACACAAUCAACUCGUCGCAGACGCCGGACCAAGAGCUCGACAAAGUCAUCGACCAAGUAGUCUCGGGCCUCUUCUCCGUCGUCGUAACCAUGGGCGUUGUCCCCAUCAUCCGCUGUCCAAAGGGAGGUGCAGCGGAACAAGUUGCAGCAAUGCUUGACAGAAAAUUGAGAGACCAUUUGUUAAAUUCAGGGAACAAGCUUUUCUCCUCCUCCGCCUCGAGACCGGUCCUCAUCCUCGUGGACCGCAACCUCGAUUUGGUGCCCAUGCUAAGUCACUCCUGGAUUUACCAAUCUCUAGUAUAUGAUGUGCUGGACUUCCACCUCGGUAAAGUUAGCAUGUCUGUCCCGGUGGACAAGGAUCACCCUGAGAAGGGGGCGAAGAAACAAACAUACGACCUCACAGCCUCCGACUACUUUUGGGCACGGAACGCCUCGCUUCCCUUUCCCAAUGUUGCCGACGACGUGACGAAUGAGUGGAACAAAUACCAAGCAGACGCCGACAACAUUACAAAGAAGACAGGCACCUCUUCUAUCGAGGAUAUAGAUGGCGACACAAAAUUUGCCGCCCAUUUGAAGGGGGCUAUGGCGUUGUUGCCAGAGCUCCGAGAAAGGAAAACAAUAAUAGAGAAUCACAUGUCCAUCUUAGAGCACGUAAUGGAGGGUCUGAAGAAUCGCAAGAUCGACUUCUACUUUACUGAAGAAGAAGAGCUCGCGAAACGAACAAAAGCACAGGUGCUGGAUAUCAUCAAGGACUCAGACAAAGGCAACGAGCCUCUGGACAAGCUACGUCUUUUCCUCCAAUAUUAUCUAACGGCAGAUCAGGAGUUUUCUCGUGCCGACCUCGAUAGCUUCACGCAAGCUCUCGCGACUGCAGGCUGUGCUGACACGUCAGCUAUCAGCUACGUCAAAACAGUGCGCCAACUCACUCGCAUGACCAUGAUCGCCGCGCCUACACAACAAAGUUCAGGGGGCCAGCCGCCCAAAGCUUGGGGAGGCUUCUCUGGUCUUUCGCUCGUCACGGACCGCUUCAAGGAAGCUGGCCUGAGUGCCAACUUCGACGGCGUGCUCUCUGGCAUAAAAAACUUCCUGCCCAAGAACACCGACCUCACCCUGACCAGUAUCACACAAUCUCUCAUGGCCCCGGAGGCUGCGUCAUCUGGGGCACUCACAAAGACGGAGAGCUAUCUCUUCUUCGAUCCCCGGUCUGCCAAUGCACGUGGCACCCUACCUCAAGCGAGCCAGUCGCGCAAUCAGCAAACUGUUCGGGGCAUUGACGCGUCGUUUGGUCAGCGGCGACAGGGAUUUUCAGAGGCCAUCUGUUUCGUAGUCGGAGGGGGCGCCAUGGACGAAUUCCAGAAUUUGCAAGACUGGGCAACGAGGGCUAGUGUUGCGGGCACAAAACGACGAAUCGUCUAUGGCAGCACAGCUCUGUACAACUCGGCUGAGUUCAUCGGCGAACUAGCACAGUUGGGCAAAGAGAGCGCUUAA